AUGUUUGGGUUUUCAACUGCUUACCUGAACACAUUCUUCCCGACCAUGGGCCGUAAAUAUCCUUCGGAAACGCCUCGCAGUGCCAUGCGUGGCCAGUGUAGCGGAUCUAGUGUCUUGGUACAACGCACACAUAAAUCAACUUCUUUAGAGUGCAGUGCAGAUUGGUUUAAACAAGAAAUCAAGUGUCAAAUGGAACGAGGUGGUUUAUUUGAGGAUCCAUUUAUGCCUGCUACCGACUCAACUAUCAAAUCAGGGUCUGGAUCGGGUAAACAAAGUUACAGAUGGCUGAGACCUGUUGAACUUAGCAGAUACCCACGUUUUGUCGCAGAUGGAGUUAGUCGCUUCGAUAUUAAACAAGGUGAACUUGGAAACUGUUGGGUUAUAGCUGCCUUGGCUUCAUUAUCAAUGUAUCCUGAAUUAUUUAAUCAAGUUGUCCCACCUGAUCAAUCAUUUGAAAAAUCAUCAAAAUAUCCAUAUGUUGGAAUGUUUUGGUUCCGAUUCUGGCAAUUCGGUGAUUGGUACGAUGUUGUUGUAGAUGAUCGUUUACCAACUCGUAAUGGACAUUUAGUAUUUAUGCAUUCCGCAGAUUCUAAUGAAUUUUGGUCAGCUUUAUUAGAGAAAGCCUAUGCUAAACUUGUGUCUUCUUAUGAUGCACUUCGUGGUGGGUGUACAGCAGAAGCAAUGGAAGAUUUCACUGGUGGUCUUACAGAACUUGUUGAUUUAGGUGCGAAAGCUCCUACCAAUCUAUUCGGUAUUAUGGAGCAUGCACUGAAUCGUGCAUCUUUAAUGGCUUGUAGUAUUGAUGCUGAUCCACAUGAGAUUGAAGCGAAUGGUCCUUUAGGAUUAAUUCUUGGUCAUGCCUAUUCUGUGACCGAUAUACGACAGGUUCAUACUAAUUAUGGAUCUCAAAGUAUUCGUCUAAUCCGUCUACGUAAUCCAUGGGGUAAUGAAAGUGAAUGGUCAGGUCCUUGGAGUGAUCAAUCUAGAGAAUGGAGAAAUAUUCCACCUGAUGAACGAAAACGAAUCGGUCUCACUUUUGAUGAAGAUGGUGAAUUUUGGAUGUCUUUCGAUGAUUUUGUACAUUAUUUCUCACGUCUUGAGUUAUGUCAUCUUGGACCAGAAUCCAUAGCUUAUAGUCCAGGUCCUGCCAACCGUCGUUGUAAUAAACGUCAAUGGGAAAUGGUGUGUGAAGAAGGUGAAUGGUUGCGUAAUUCAACUGCUGGAGGUUGUACAAAUUUCCCCAAUACAUUUUACAUGAAUCCACAAUUUCAUGUUGAAGUUGUGGAUCCAGAUGAGUCAGAUGAAGAUGGUUAUGGCACUCUUGUAGUUGGUUUGAUGCAGAAGGGAUUAAGAGAAAAACGUGUUGAACCUCAUGUGAUUGGUUAUUCUGUAUUUCGGAUGCCUCCAUCAGCUCCAAACAAUCGACUAUUAGAUCGGAGGUUUUUCAUGAUUAAUUCAUCUGUAGCUCGAUCACCGUCAUUUAUUAAUAUGCGUGAAGUUUGUGGUCGACAUAAACUAAAACCAGGUCACUAUGUGAUUAUCCCGUGCACAUUUAAUCCCAAUGAAGAAGCUAAAUUUAUGCUGCGUAUAUUCUCUGAACGCGCAUGUGGUUCGAAUGAGUUAGAUGACGAUACUCGGAUCAGUGUUAUGGGCGGACCUGAUCAACCAAUUAGAACAGCUGAUGAUAAUUUAAUAGAGAAAUUAGAAGUUGUCUUCAAUAAAAUAGCUGGUCCAAGUGGAGCAAUCACAUAUACUCAAUUACAAGAUAUAUUAAAUGAAGCAUUUACAAAAGAUUUUCCAUUCGAUGGAUUUAGUCGAGAAACUGCUAGAAGUAUGAUGGCCUUAAUGGAUGCUGAUUUAAGCGGUGGUUUGGGCUUUGAUGAAUUUAAAAAGCUAUGGAUGGAACUACGCAUUUGGAAGACUAUUUUCAAAAAAUUCGAUGGUCAUACUGGUAGCUUAGAAGCUUUCGAAUUAAGAAAUGUAAUGAGGACAGUCGGUUUUCAUGUCAGUAAUAUGAUUUUCAAAGCUAUUGCUUGUCGAUAUGCAAAUGAAAAAGGUCAGAUUUUAUUUGAUGAUUACAUUUUGCUAUUGAUUCGACUAUCCACGGUUUUCGAAACGUUCAAAGCACAAGAGCGUACUCGAGAUGGCCGAGCUGUCUUUGAAGCUGACGAUUUUAUUCGCUCAGUUAUAUAUAUUUAG